UCUAUCAUCAAAUACUGUAAAAAAGAAAAAGUAUAAUCAAAGUGGAAGGAGUGCGUGUGCAGCAUAGCAUGGAUUCUUUUGAAGCAAUGAGGUGCAAUAGAAAAUGGAACAUAAGCAUAGCAUACAACAUGAUGAAUCCACUGUCUCAAGCAGAAACACUCUUGUCCAUGUCUGGUUUCUCCAACAACAACAACAAACUUAGACGUCUCCCUCACGUGUUCAGCAGGAUCCUCCAACUUCCGUUACGGUCGGAUGCUGACGUGUCUAUAGAAGAAGAACCUACCUGUUUCCGAUUUGUGGCGGAAACAGACUCAUCACUCGGACAUGUGGAGACUCACACGCUUCAUAUCCAUCCAGGUGUCACUAAGAUUGUUGUAAGGGCAAGUCACUCACUUCACUUUUCUUUGGAUGAUCUUCAUCCUGAUAUCUGGAGGUUUCGUUUGCCAGAAUCUGUUGUUCCGGAGCUCGCCACUGCUGUGUUUGUCGAUGGCGAACUCAUCGUCACUGUGCCUAAAGCUUUUGACGAUGAGAACACUCCUGAACCUAUUGGUGGUGGUGGUGCUACACUAGUGUUUGUUCAGUGAAUUUUGUUUUGAUUAAAAUUAUAAUAAUAAUAAUUGAACGUUGUUUUGUUAUUUUAUUUCAUUUGAAAAUUGAAACAUAACUUAUUGUUGGAUUCACAACCAGACUGUUGUUUCAUUUUUAAUAAUUCGUGUUCUUUUGUUCGCAUGGUAACAGUGUUGUUAUGGUUUCAUGUCUGGCGGCAUUGUCAAUUUUCCUCAUU